AAGCGAGGCAUAUCUUUCGUUCACGACGAGUUUCUCGUUCACUUUGUUCAAGUCUGUUGACGGAUCAGCAUAGACUUCAUUGAUUUCUCGAUUCAGUUUAUUUGAAAACUCUUAAGAAAAGAAAAUGGGUAAGGAAAAGACUCAUAUUAACAUUGUUGUCAUCGGACACGUCGAUUCCGGCAAGUCUACCACCACCGGUCACUUGAUCUACAAGUGCGGUGGUAUCGACAAGCGUACCAUCGAGAAGUUCGAGAAGGAAGCUCAAGAAAUGGGCAAGGGUUCUUUCAAGUACGCCUGGGUUUUGGAUAAAUUGAAGGCCGAACGUGAGCGUGGUAUCACCAUCGAUAUCGCCUUAUGGAAGUUUGAGACUUCAAAAUACUACGUCACCAUCAUCGACGCCCCCGGCCACAGAGAUUUCAUCAAGAACAUGAUUACUGGCACCUCUCAAGCUGAUUGCGCUGUGUUGAUCGUUGCCGCCGGUACUGGUGAAUUCGAAGCUGGUAUCUCCAAAAACGGCCAGACUCGUGAGCACGCCCUGCUCGCUUUCACUCUUGGUGUGAAACAAUUGAUCGUUGGUGUCAACAAGAUGGAUUCGUCCGAGCCACCAUACAGCGAGUCCCGUUAUGAGGAAAUCAAGAAGGAAGUGUCAUCUUACAUCAAGAAGAUUGGUUACAAUCCAGCUGCUGUUGCCUUCGUACCAAUCUCUGGCUGGCACGGUGAUAAUAUGUUGGAACCCUCCACCAACAUGCCCUGGUUCAAGGGAUGGAAGGUUGAACGUAAGGAUGGUAAUGCUGACGGCAAAACCCUCAUCGAAGCCCUCGAUGCCAUCCUUCCCCCAACUCGCCCAACCGACAAGGCCCUACGUCUGCCAUUGCAGGAUGUCUACAAAAUUGGUGGUAUCGGAACAGUACCCGUCGGUCGUGUCGAAACUGGUAUUUUGAAACCCGGUAUGGUUGUCGUAUUCGCCCCAGCGAACAUCACCACUGAAGUAAAAUCCGUUGAAAUGCACCACGAAGCUUUAGCAGAGGCUGUACCCGGUGACAACGUUGGUUUCAACGUUAAGAACGUUUCCGUUAAGGAAUUGCGUCGUGGUUACGUCGCUGGAGACUCAAAGGUGAACCCACCCAAGGGCGCUGCUGACUUCACCGCCCAGGUUAUUGUGUUGAACCAUCCUGGUCAAAUUGCCAACGGUUACACUCCAGUGUUGGAUUGCCACACCGCUCACAUUGCCUGCAAGUUCGCUGAAAUUAGGGAGAAGGUUGAUCGUCGUUCUGGUAAGACAACCGAAGAGAAUCCUAAGUUCAUCAAGUCUGGUGAUGCUGCCAUCGUCACCUUGGUGCCCUCCAAGCCAUUGUGCGUUGAAUCUUUCCAGGAAUUCCCUCCAUUGGGUCGUUUCGCUGUACGUGAUAUGAGACAGACUGUCGCUGUCGGUGUCAUCAAGAGUGUGAACUUCAAGGAUGCCUCCGGUGGUAAGGUUACCAAGGCCGCCGAAAAGGCCACAAAGGGCAAGAAGUAGCUGCGUUCUAAAGACGAUAAAGAUCAACUAUUUAAUAUUAACAUCAAUAGCAACAACAACAGCUUACUAAAUUCCAACUACAGUAGUGACAGUAGACAAAUCAACAGCAGCAAGAAAAGCGGAACAGUGUUCCAACUGAAUCUAACAUUAAUGGUUAAUCAAAAGUUCCAUUGCUUCCAUCGCAAAGAGUUUCGUAGGAAAAGAAUGUGUGCAUUUGGCGCUGUCUAAAUACAAUAUGUACAGGAGGUGGCGAACAUACAUUACGCACAUAAAUAAGCACACUGGCCAUCCCGGAAAAGACGGCAGAAAUACGAAACAUCUUUUUAAGCAAAACAGCAUUUGUAUCUUUAAUUUUAUUAUUACUUUAAUGUUUAAUUAUUUGUUGGAAUUCAUUCCAUCUCUUCUCUGUAGAGUUUGAAGCACAAGACAACUUUUGCUUUUAUAUACAUACGAACACUCAAACAUAAUAUAAAAAGAACCACUAUUUAAAAAAAUUAAA